AUGCAGCCUGAAAUCCGACAAUGGCGCGCUCCCGUCGCAAGUCUCAUGCUCAGGAUCCGACGCUUUCUGGAUGUUCUGAACCUCACCGACACGUUGAGGAUACUGGUGGGGCUGUGGAUUGCCUAUGCUUUCGGCCGUGCGACCCUCCGGCGAGCACUCGGUUAUGCCGGCGACAAGCCCGGAUACUCCGGGUAUGGUCGCCGGCGACGCCGUCCAACCAAUCCACCCGUCGACGCUCCGGGAGAGGACUUGUUCACUGACCUCGCGGCUACCCGUUGUUUAGAGAUCACAUCCCGGUUGUCCGGCAGCAUUGCCAAGCUUUUCCGCCAAGCUGGGGAUGGCGAGGGUUGGUCUGGUUUUUGUGCAGUGUGCAAAAGACCGCUGGAUGUAAAAAUUGUGACUCAGAGCCAUUCGCUGCGCACCAAUGAGGUGAAUCCACAGCGACGUGGGCGGUAUGCAUUCGUCAUUUGUUUGUGGGGCUCUUCGAAGGACUACGUUCUCGGCGCGUUGGUGUUGGGUUAUUCCAUCAAGCGGACCAAGACGCAAAAUGCACUGGUGUGCUUGCACGCAGACGACGUCCCAGCAGAAUACGUUCAGCUGCUGCAAUUGUUUUGGGAGUGCCGCGUAGUGGAGCACAUAGAGGUGAAGGCAGCGCGGAGGCUUAGCACGGAUGACAAAAUCGAAGAGUCGCGAUUUUUCAAAGUGUUUACGAAGCUCCGCGCGCUGGAGCAGACAGACUUUGAAAAGGUUCUCGUCAUGGACAUCGAUUUAUUAGUGCUGUCCAACAUCGAUGACUUGUUCGAACUCCCGGCGCCAGCGGGGAUGAAGCGUGGCAUGAACAAGGGCCGCUGGCCCUACACACACGGCGAUGACAUCGACGGCACCACGUUCUUUGGCGGCCGAAAUCCAGGCAACCCACACUCCUGGGGCCAAGGCACGGGCAUCAACGCAGGCGUGAUGCUUCUGGAGCCCAAUGCCGCCGAGUUCCAGGUGAUGCAGGAAGAGCUCCUGGAGCCGUACCAUCCCGCUCACGUCCGUGGCAAUGGCCCCGAGCAGGACUACCUUAGCCGGUUUUGGGCUGAUCGGCCCUGGCGCCACAUCUCAGUCGAAUACAACUAUCAAAUCCACCAUCUCUACAACGCCCUCCACCCCAUGUUGGGCGACGUGGAGCGCCUCAAGGUGGCGCAGAACCUCAAAAGCAUCCGCGUCAUUCACUACUCCGGGGACUCGGAAGUGAAGCCGUGGACCCGAUGCCUGGAGAAGACUUUCGGCUGGCCGAGCCGCAAAGAAGACGACGAGUACAUGAAGGAGUUUCUGUCUGCGUAUCACUCCUACCUCCUCUGGGUGGAGAAGGAUCGCGAGCGGUGGACAAGGAUGGAGAGGACCAUGUUCGAAGACAGCGGCAUCAAGGGCUUCAGCUUGGGGGAAGAUGGUGUGAUCUACUAUCAAGAGGAAGAGGGCAGCGAGAAGAUGCCUCUGGAGACGGCGCCCGAAGCCGUCGAGACAGCCCUGGCCGCGACACGGUUUUUCCUUUCCUCUUGGUUCGACACGCUCGAGGCUGCCAACGGGUUCCUCGGCUACGACCUGUGCGAGCGCCUCAGCGAAGCCUCCACCACGGUGGUGGCGCCCCAGAGAGGGGCGCCAGAGGACCCUUGGGAGGACGAUGACCCGUGGAGCCAAGGCGUGCGCCUUGCAGCUCGUGAUCCUCCGGAACUGGCGAGCACGAGAUCGCUGCCUGAGAAAGGAGAGUCCCCCAAGAAUGGGAAGCCGCCAGCUGUGCACGAGGCCUGGGCGCAGUACGUGCCCGACGUUCCCAGAAGACCUCCAUCGCGGCCACAGAACCACAAGCAGGAGUACCCGUCCUGGGAGCAGGAGGUCACAGUGGUGAGCUCUUCGCUUGCGCAGACGAACUUCGCCUACUUCCGCCGCGACGCCCGCUCCCACGUGCGGGAGAUUCAGAACGAGUUCCUGCCGGAGGUUGCUGGACAGGAGUUGUCUGGCCUCUUUGUCCGGGACAACAGCCGGGUACGCGAGUUUUCGCCCAAAGACAAGGACGACCUGGACGGCUUCAAGACCUUUGUAGCCAACGUCGAACGGGACGAAAUGGUUCUGCUCGCCGCCUUGAACCUCCCACCGCCGGUGAUGUCAGAGGUGCUGGCCUGCCUGGAGCCUUUGGGGAUCUCCCGCUGGAAGGCGACCUUAGACACGACCGGCAUGACAGCGCUGGCUGUCAUUGGGAUCGCCGGGCGACAAACCUGGCAGGUCAACGUGGACGCGGAGUACGCCACAACCUAUGUCCGCGUGGAGCGCCCGAGCCAGCAACGGGCGAGGGCGCAGGGGCCUGGCCUGCCUCCAUCUGCGAGGCCGCGGCCGCAAGCAGCCGGUUUCCAGGAGCACCGCGACAGGUGGCAAAGAAAAGCUCCGCAGCCGGCCACCAGCUGCGAGGACUCCACCUUGCCGCCCCGAAGCGAGCCUCCGCAACCCUCCAACUUGGAGGAGGAGAGGCCCCCGGAACAUGAGCCGGAAUGA